ACGCACUAGUCACGCAACGCACGAUACUUUCGUGAAUUGGAGGUUAAGGCACGGUGUGCGCAAAGAAUUUUUUUAUUUACGCUUCAUUUAGCAAACUACAUAUUUACACCAUGGCUGCGACGAUGCCAAUAAACCCCAAGCCAUUCCUAAAUGGUCUGACUGGGAAACCGGUCAUGGUAAAGUUAAAGUGGGGCCACGAGUACAGAGGUUAUCUCGUCUCGGUUGACGGAUACAUGAAUCUGCAGCUGGCAAACACCGAGGAGCACAUAGACGGCAAUUGCACGGGAAACCUCGGCGAGGUGCUCAUCAGGUGUAACAAUGUUAUGUACAUAAGAGGGGUGGAGGAGUCAGAUGAAGAAGGCGAGAUGAAGGACUGAAGUGACGAGUGAAUCUAAAAUGUAUAUUAUAACCUUGUAUUAUUAAACAUUAAUUUAAUUCAACUAAUAAAA